CAAAAAAUUUUAAUUUUGAAUUCUAUAACAAACUGGUGUCGGGGCUUUGGAGAUGUUUAAUUAAAGAAGCUUUUACUUUGAAAGUAACAGAUGGAUGUUGCAUAGUUACCGCCGUUGCCCUGACACUAGUCUGGGAGAAGUAAUUCGGUGACUGCGGGUACCGCAAUUUCAGCAAUAUGGAGGGCCUUUUUUGUUGAGGAAUUUUAGGAGCCGGCGGGAAAAUGGCAGAGAGGUUGGAGUGGGUGGAGAUCAUUGAACCCCGCACAAGGGAGCGCAUGUACGCCAACUUACUGACAGGUGAGUGUGUGUGGGACCCCCCACAAGGAGUUUGCAUCAAGCGGACUGAUGAAAACCAGUGGUGGGAACUGUUUGACCCCAACACCUCACGCUUCUACUACUACAAUGCAUCCACCCAGCGAACAGUGUGGCACAGGCCUCAAGGAUGUGACAUCAUCCCAUUAGCCAAGCUUCAGACCCUGAAGCAGCACACAGAUGCCAUCAACCCUCGUUCUGCAGCUGGAGGAGAAAGGAGAGGUUCUGUGGACAACAGCCCAGGACGUAACAGUGGGGUCAGUCGAGAAGGAAGCACCUCCUCCUCCCUUGACCAGGAGCUUUGUGAAAAACAGAGCAGCAAAGAUGAGGCAGAGAGGACUUCUUCUUUCCGCUGGAAUACUGGUACAAAGGAGCGGAUGCUCAUCAAGGUGACCGACAGAGAGCCCAGCUUUUUGGCUCAUCAGGGAAAUGGCUACUCACCCAGUGAAUCCCCAACUCCUGGAGGGGGCAACGUCUCGCGAAAUCGCCAUUCAUCCGGAGGAAAUGCCCCCUCAGAACCUAAUGGCUCCCCUGUUCACUGUUCUGACCGUCACCAGUCUCCAUAUCUGAAGCGGGCUGAGCUAGGCAGUAGUGGAACCCACCGACGUCCCUCUGCUGAGUCCCUGCCUCCAUCACCUCGCUACGCCUUUGAGCCCCCGCUGUAUGAGGAGCCACCAUCUGACUAUAAGCAACUACCCAUCUAUGAAGAGCCUCCUACUGAUAUGAACCUUUCAGAUUCUUCCCUUUAUGGUUCAAAUAAGUCACCUUCCCGGAAGUCUCCAGCCCCCUUCUACCACUCCCCUAAGCAGAGCCAGUCAUCCUAUGGACAACUGGUUCUGACAAGGCAGAAAUGUUCAGAAAAAACUCAGAGCCUGGAGUACAGUCCUGUAGGAAAGGAAUAUGUCAAGCAGCUAGUGUAUGUGGAACAGUCAUCUUCCAGUCCGCGCUUCAAGACUGCUGAUCGCCUGCAGCGUUAUGGCACUAAUGGAGGAUUUGGUGGUUCAUAUGGGGGGUCCUAUACUCUGCAGCAUAGCCAGUCUUUGAUUAGAGAUCCCCGCCAACUUUUGGACUAUCGUGGGGAGGGGAGAGAGGCAGGUCAAAGGUUUAUGUACGAAGACUCAAUUUCCUGGACAUCUUGUCAGACUCACUCACUGUCCUCCUCUUCUACAGCUGGGCCAGGUGGUUUCUCCCCCAGUGGCAACCGAAAACGUAAGAGCCGCAAGCCAUCCCUUCCACAAGAGCUGGGGCACUGCGGGACAGAGGAGUUCCCAGGCACAGGAUCAGAGGUAAUGCUUGCCCAGGCCAGGCUGGCAUGGGAAGCCCAGCAGGUCAUGAAACAGAGGAGCAGUUGGGACUCUGGUCAGGGAGGAGGAGUGAUCCAAUGCAGCGGCUCCAAAGAUGGAUAUGAAAGCGAUGGGGCAGUGCCUCUUCCACUGCCAGGACCAGUUGUGAGGGCUUUCAGUGAGGAUGAGGCGCUAGCCCAAGGCGAUUGCCACAGCUGGAAACGUAGUACCUUUGACCGUUUGAGCUUCCCUCAGGCCCUGCUGGAGAAGAGUCUCUCUGUUCAAACCAACCUGGGUUCCCCUGAGCCUUACCUGCACCCCUCACAGUCGGAGGAUCUCGGAGCCUGUGCCCAGUUUGAAGCUAGUCGAAAUGCCAGGAAUAUGAUGCCAAGUGCCAGCUGUGGCAUUUUCACUGAAUUUAGCUUGAGAAAGCCCUCCUCAGAGACUGACAUUGAAAACUGGGCAUCCAAGCACUUCAAUAAACAUACACAGGGUUUGUUUAGGAGAAAGGUUUCCAUUGCCAACAUGCUGGCAUGGAGCAGCGAGCCCAUCAAGAAGCCAAUGAUUGUGACUACAGACCGAGCCGUAAAGAAGGAGGCUGUGGACAUCUUUAAGCUCAUUCAGACUUUUAUGGGAGACCGUCGCUCCAAAGCGGACCCCCUUUGCUUGGCUCUGGAGGUGGUGGUGCGAGGUUGGAGUAACCAGGGACUCCGUGAUGAGCUCUAUAUCCAGCUGUGUCGUCAAACUACAGAGAACUUUCGCUAUGAUAGUCUGGAGCGUGGAUGGGAGCUGAUGGCCAUCUGCCUAGCCUUCUUCCCCCCCACACCCCGUUUUCACACCUACCUGGAAGGUUACAUCUACAGACACAUGGAUCCACUUAAUGAUACUAAAGGAGUUGCCAUUAGCAGCUACGCCAAAUACUGCUACAGGAAACUGAUGAAAGCUGCAUUGACUGGAGCCAAGAAGGGGCUGCAAAAGCCCUCUCUUGAAGAAAUCCAUCAUGCAAGGAAUGCCAUUUUUAGUCCAUCCAUGUUUGGCUCUUCAUUAGAAGAGGUAAUGGCACUUCAGAAGGAGCGAUAUCCAGACCGCCAGCUGCCCUGGGUCCAGACUCGUCUUUCUGAAGAGGUUCUGGGUCUCAAUGGAGACCAAACAGAGGGUAUUUUCAGGGUACCUGGAGACAUAGAUGAAGUCAAUGCCCUAAAGCUGCAAGUUGAUCAAUGGAAAAUUCCCACAGGACUGGAAGACCCACACAUCCCAGCUUCUUUGCUGAAACUCUGGUACCGGGAGCUGGAAGAUCCGCUGAUCCCUCACGAGUUCUACGAGGAGUGUAUCAGUAGCUAUGACAACCCAGAGGCUGCUGUCAAUGUGGUAUUGGGCUUGCCACACAUCAACAAGCUGGUACUUUGCUACCUAAUUCGCUUCCUACAGGUGUUUGCCCAACCUGCCAAUGUAGCGAUUACCAAGAUGGAUGUAAACAACUUGGCCAUGGUCAUGGCUCCCAACUGUCUACGUUGCCAGUCAGAUGAACCCAGGGUGAUCUUUGAAAACACCCGCAAAGAGAUGUCCUUCAUCCGGGUGCUCAUCCAGCGACUAGACACCAGCUUCAUGGAUGGGAUCUUAUAGCCCCUCUCUUCACAAUUACAGCCAUUCACUGAUCUGCAGCCUCCCUUGUGCUCCCUUUAACCUGCUCCAUCAUGGGCCCCUGCAUUCUCUCACAGCACAGGGACACCUUAUAUUCAAACUGUUGCUGCUGUGACAAAGUAAACAAAUUCAUGUUUACUUUGUCACAGCAAAAACUGCCUUGAUUUGAGUUUGGCUGCUUUGCAUUUUGAUUUGAACUAGCUGUUUUUCUAUUUCUGUGAAUUCUUAGUUGGGGUUUUCUGAACAUAACAGUACUGUGUGUGCCUUCACAUCCAUUAUUACACCACACACAUUCAGCUUGAAAAUAUUUGCAGGGAUCUCAUCACUACACGAAUUUAUCUAGCAUAUCUGCAGACCUCUCUGGUUAAUUGUACAUUUGUAUUAAGUUAUUUUCACUCUCUGCUGCCUGGCUUAAAUAGACAUGCACUGCCAAAUGCACACUUCCAUAAAGGUUUUACAAGUCUGCUGUAUUGCCAUCUGAUGUAAAGAAGUGUUCAUCAGUGAGAUAAAUGAACUAACACAUGUUUAUCAGACAUUCCACUAAUGUCUCACACUUCACUGGAAAAACAGCUUUAUCCACAUGGUUUAGGGCUGACGUCCUUAGUUUAAUUCCUUUAAAUGGUUUGAAAUGGUUUAAAAGCCUGAUUCAAACAAAUAUGAAUCCUUUAUAAUUUCAUCUUUGGUCUUUCACUUUUGGUCAAAAUGUCAGAAUUGCAUUACAUUUUACUUCUAAAACUUAUUUGACUUGCUCCCCUCCCAAGGUCAAGCAGUUGGUUGUAACUGAUUAAUUGGCCAUGUGGCCAGGACCAAGCAGGUGCUCGCCUUUGCUUGUAGCUGAGCAGCCUCUAGUUUUAUCUUCCUGACUCAGUUCAUCUUCAUUGUGCCUAAAUGGACCAGUAGAUAUGUCAUCAAAGUUAGCAGAACUACAUCUUAGUAUGAUCAGUGAGACCUACAGGACAAAAAGCAGCAGUGUUAGUGUCCAGUGGUUAUCUGCACACAAUCAGAAUGGAUGGACAACAUCUGAGUUACUGUGUCCAUGUUUUUUGCAGUAAACUGCUGAUCUGUGGUUUUAGUUCAUCUGUAUGGGCUGUUCUAGUGCUAAUGCUGGAAGGUGAAAUGGUGGCUUUUACUUUGGUCCAUGGCACAUGGUUGUAAGACGUCAUAGAGCCUUGUAAUGUUCUAAAGUAUUAGGAUAUCUGAAUAAAAUUUUUAAUGUCUAUUGACUCUGACAAAAUAUGGUACUGUCCAUCAACUUUGACUGUCGAUCAGCUCUCUGCAACCCGGGAACCACAGAUCCACGGAGGAGCAAUGACAACAGCACUGCCAGUGACCCCCUCUUGAACGCUUCUGGCUGCUUUGGUACCUCCUAACUGCUUACGCUGGAACUGAGACACAAGAGCCCAAAGAGAAUCAGUCUAACACUUCCACUCAGCCCAGACAGGCCUUUCGGCUCACUAGUGAUUUGUCAUUGUAUGAAUGAGUUCAUUUGUCUGUUUAGAAGACGUCUCAUACAUCCAUUCAGUCUUUGUCUCAGUGUAUUUGUUGAAAAUAUUUUUUAUAUUUAACAGAAUUUGUUUUUAACCAAUACUUUUAUAAAUGGUUUAAUUUAUUUAUAUUUAUUUCUGGUUUUCCUAAUGCCUUUGACAUGCUGUAUUGUAGACUUAAUUGUGUAUGUUGUGUAUUGUGUGUGUAUAGGAUUGUGUAAUUCUCACCAUGACAGGAUGGAUACACAUUGACAGUGCUGGUUGAAUCUUGCUGUACAAUUAUCAGAGCCAUCUAGCCAUUCAGAUUUUAUUUUUUCAGGGACACACAUCAAACUAAUUUCUCCAUUACAAAUAUCCAGUUGUCACAAUGAUCACUAUGUCUGUAAUUUGAUGGAAUCUGAUACAUUACAUAUUGAAGUCAACUUUCCUUACACACAUCAAAUGAGACACUAAACUGAUGAUGUUUGCAAAUUAGAAAACGUUCUUAUAUGGAUCCUCUCACAAUACACAUCAAUGCAUAAAAGGAAAAACUGAUGUUGAUUCGGCUUAUAGAAAGGGAGAAUUUUAAUAGCUACUCCUUGGGAAUUGAAAUAAACCCAAGGGCCAGGAGGAAUAGAUGGGUGCAGACAUGAGUAGGAUCCAAGAGUAACUACGAAAUGGAAUUCAGUGAUCAAACUGUGUAGUUGUGUAUUAGCAGAGUUAAAAGCUGUUACUCUCUGCUAAAUGUAAAUGCUCCUCACAUUGAUAGAGGUCUACAAGACAUAAUUUAAAUGCAUUUCCUAAAAGUCAGUAGAGGUUCAGAAGUAUGUAGCUCCUCACACUAAACAGAAUUCGAAGAAAACAACCUUCCUUAGGGUUCAUGGUGUGUACAGUUCAGAUGAUCUCCCUUAAGUCAAAGACAUGUACUGGAGAUGUGCCUGUACUGUAUUCUGUCACACUUGUCUCAUUUCUACAAAUGUAUCAUCUUGUUAUUUUGACAGUUUGGCCUAAAACAUGAUGUGCUAUAUUGCUAAAUGGGUUUGGGAUGUUUUCAAUGGUUGGAUAAGCCUUUGCUCUAUGAAGAUCAGUCUGGAUACAUUUGUUUAGUGAUGGAAGCCAGUGAACUUAUACGUUGUGGCUGUAUGAAUGUUUGGUGUGUUUUGCUUUUUUCAAUGUAACAGAUGGUUUGGUUGUUGACUAAGCAAAUCAUUAAAUUAGCCUUUCCACAGGGUCACACUUGUCUUCAAUUGAUUUUUUUUAUAUGACAAAAAAAAACAAGGAGAAUUCAUAAUUAAACAGAUCUUUAAUAACUAGCUUUAAACAAACUUAAAAAAAGACAAAGAUCUUUUUAAUCUAUGUUUUGGAUGCUUUUUUUCUACAUAGUUCGUACUUACAAUGAAUUGGUAGUUGUGUCAAUGCUCAUUGUCAGUCUCACAGUUGUACAUGUCCACUGUCACACACAAGCACACACCGUGUCAGAGACGAGUCUGGAGGUGUAACAGAUUUUGGUUUAAUAAAUAAACAUUCAUAUGUCAAAUUGA